AUGGAGCCGCAGUUAUUAUUCAAUGCUUCAGGCAAUUCUUGUGCCCCAGAACUAGAGCAGGAGUCACAGCCAGCUGGUCCAGGACGCUAUCCCGGCUUGCAUCCUGGAGGGUUCUCGGCGCCUGUGGCAGCGUUGCUGGCCACGCUCAUGGCGCUGCUGGUGCUGACCACGGUGCUGGGCAAUGCUCUGGUCAUCCUAGCAUUUGUGGUGGAUCGGAGCCUGCGCACGCAGGGAAACUUCUUUUUCCUCAACCUGGCCAUUGCGGACCUGUUGGUGGGUGGAUUCUGCAUCCCUCUCUACAUCCCUUACGUCCUGACUGGAGAGUGGAAGUUCGGGAAGGGGCUGUGCAAGUUGUGGCUGGUGGUGGAUUAUCUGGUGUGUACUGCCUCUGUCUUCAACAUUGUCCUCAUCAGUUUUGACAGGUUCAACUCUGUCACCAGAGCGGUAACUUACAGAGCUCAGAAAGGGAUGACCAGAAAUGCUGUCUUUAAGAUGGUCAUAGUGUGGAUAGCAGCUUUCCUCCUUUAUGGUCCUGCCAUCAUCAGCUGGGAAUACAUUGCCAGAAAAAGCAUCCUGCCUCGAGGAGAGUGCUAUGCUGAGUUCUACUAUAAUUGGUAUUUCUUAAUGAUUGCUUCCACCAUUGAAUUCUUCACUCCCUUCAUCAGUGUCUCCUAUUUUAACCUGAGUAUCUAUAUCAGCAUCAGAAAGCGCACACUUCUAAGAAUGGACAACCUGGACUCCAGUAAAGAGAACUGUGAAAUGAAUCUCCUGGGGAAAAGAAAAGGGCAUGUCAUAUUUUUUGUUAAGCCAGCCGAGUGGAACAAGAACAAGAAGAAAGACCAUAGCCUCUUCCCCACUGGGCCCUUAGGUCCCAAGCAUGAUAGCCCCUCCUCCUUGGACACUCAUAGGGCACAAGAUCUACAAGUAAAAAUGAAAACCAAGCCAGGUCAAGUCUAUGAAGCCACAGAAAAUACCUGCAAAGCCACAAGGCACCCAGACAUUGCUAAGACAAUGGCAAACCGCCUUCGGCUCUCUCGGGACAAGAGAGUGGCUAAAUCUUUGGCCAUCAUAGUGUGUGUAUUUGGGCUAUGCUGGGCACCUUACACUCUGCUCAUGAUCAUCCGAGCUAUGUGUCAUGGGACAUGUGUCCAGCAUUUUUUCUAUGAAUUCUCCUUUUGGCUACUGUGGCUAAAUUCGGCCAUUAAUCCUGCUUUAUACCCACUCUGCCAUGUGAGCUUUCGGAAAGCUUUCAUUAAACUGCUAUGUCCUGGCAAAGCCAAAAUUCAUCCACAUAUUCUUAGGUGA